UGUCCACUCCCCCCGUUACGUUGCUCGUAGAAGGAAAGUGACGUAAUUCAGGAAUUGCGCACAGCAGGCUCUAGAACUGUCUUGGUAAGGCAGGAGUUAACCCACAUGUUGAUGAACGGAAAACACGAAUUCGGACCUGAUUUUCAGCUCAACAGCUAACAAUGAAGAAAGAAAUUGCAGCUGUGGUGUUUUUCUUAAAGCGGUUGAUCAAGAAGGCUGAGAAGUUGGAUGCAGAGAAGGUGGAUCUGUUUGUGGAGAGGCUGACUGUGGCUCUCCAGGAGAAGUUCAGGGGUCACUGGUAUUCUGACAACCCUAGCAAAGGCCAGGCCUUCAGGUGUAUACGAGUGAACAGUUUCCAUAAGGAGGAUCCUGAACUACUGCGGGCCUGUGCUGAGAGUGGGGUGCAGUAUAAGGAUCUUGGCCUUCCCAAAGAGCUCACGUUGUGGGUAGACCCGGGAGAGGUGUGCUGCAGAUAUGGUGAGAAGAACCUUGCCUUCACGGUGGCCAGUUUCUCAAGUGACGAUGACGAUGAUAAGGAGGAUGUGACGAAGAAGGUGACGAGUGCUGUAGAGAGAGUGACGUCAGAUUAUCAUUCAGGAUCUUCUUCAGAUGAGGACAGUGGCUGCAGGGAGCCCCGAUUCACCAAAUGUUUCCCUCAUAAUCGGCCUCCAUUCCAGCUCAUCUACCCUGGUGCUCCCUCGUGGCACUCUGCAUCCAAGAAGAAGCUCAGUCCAGGGAAAGGACAUGGCCCUCCACUGCCUACCUACCUUUUCCGCCCCCACGGGAGACACAACCACUCUUUCAAACCAAACGGCUGGGUACCGAAUAGUUACCGAAACAAACAUGGAUACUGGGCCAACGCUCCUAAUUUGGUGCCCCAACUUUAGUAACUACUGUAGCACUGUUAGUUCAUGGCUGUAAGAGGGAGAAGGUUUUUGAAAAUACCACUAAGAUGACUGACCAAAUUUUUAAAGUAUUUUUGUAGUUUGACUGUCACUUUUUUUUGAAUAUGUGUAUUUUUUAAGAAAACAUAACAAUAACUCUUUGCACUUUAGAGGAUUUGUAAUCAAGUGUUUAUAACGUAAUCUUUGUAUGUAUUUGAUUAGGAAUAUUUGGAGUAUUUCAGAUUUUUAUAGGAAUCAUGUACUGUAUUUAUGUUAAAUGGGAUCAUUAUUAUUCGCUGAUACUUUAGCCUAGUGUUCGUCAGUUCUGUUUCAAUGACCAUGUUUUAUUUAUUCACAAUUAAGUAUUAUGUAUUGCUCAGACCACUUAAAUUAUGGAUUACAUUAAAACACAUUUUCUAAUCAAAUUCAA